AACAUCUCGCAGCUCGUCCGUUGUCAUCCUUGAUUAGAAAGGGGCAUGUGUGCCAGGCCCAGGUCAGGCAGAGUAAUCAUUAACAAUACACGUGGCUUAUAAAAAUGUUGGGAUCAUUGGAAAUCAGAAAUAUUUUGCUAUAUGUUUAUGGGCUAUAACAUUUCACUUGGUAGCUUCAUCUGGAAGAUGUAGUGAACGUGUUGGGUACUUUAUGGGGAAACAUUUACAUAUAAUGGUGUCAUUUCUAUUUGAAAAACUAUGCAGGUAUGGGCUUAUUUUGCCAAAGAAAACACAGCAGUUGCAUCCUGUUUUGCAAAAGCCAUCAGUGUUUGGGAAUGAUUCUGAUGAUGAUGAUGAGGCAUCUGUGAGUGAAAGCCUUCAGAGAGAAGCGGCUAAGAAGCAAGCGAUGAAGCAGACCAAACUGGAAAUCCAAAAGGCCCUUGCAGAAGAUGCUACUGUGUAUGAAUAUGACAGUAUUUAUGAUGAAAUGCAGAAAAAAAAGGAAGAAAAUAAUCCCAAAUUACUUUUGGGAAAAGAUCGAAAGCCCAAGUACAUUCACAACUUAUUAAAAGCAGUUGAAAUCAGGAAAAAGGAGCAGGAGAAAAGAAUGGAAAAGAAAAUUCAGAGAGAACGAGAAAUGGAGAAGGGAGAAUUUGAUGAUAAAGAGGCGUUUGUAACAUCUGCCUAUAAGAAAAAACUGCAAGAGAGAGCUGAAGAGGAAGAACGAGAAAAGAGGGCUGCUGCCCUUGAAGCACGUUUGGAUGUAACCAAGCAGAAAGAUCUCAGUGGAUUUUAUAGGCACCUGUUAAAUCAAACAGUUGGUGAAGAGGAAGUACCUAAAAGCAGCUUCCGUGAAGCCAGAUCUGAGAUAAAGGAAGAGAAACCAAGAGGCUACUCAGAUGAAAUAAAUUCAGAGAACAAAAGGCCACAAGAGAAAUGCUUUCUUCAAACUGAAAUAAAGACCGAGGACAACCCAGAUGCAGACAGUGACUUUGAUACUAAGAGCAGCGAGGAUGAAGAAAGUGAAGAAAAUAAUAAAAUUAACUUGAGAAGGGAAAAAGGCAGAGAGUUUUCUGAGAAUGACCCCAAGCAUCACAGGAAUCAGACUCACUCACGGUCAUCCAGUGAGGAACGAGGGCACAGUGUCAAACGCCACACACAAAGUUCCAAGUCAAGGGGACAUGAGAACAGGGGAGAUAAGCAUCAAGAAAGGCAGUCUAGGGACCCCGAGAACUACGACACUGACCGUCAUUACCGAAAAGACAAGACAGACUCCCACAGACACAGAGGAACCAGUCAUCGAGAGUCUCACCGGAAGAGACAUGAACAAGAAGAUAAACCAAAGGGAAGAGACCCCAGAGAAAGAGAUCGGAAUGACAGAGAAUGGAAAAGGGAGAGAGAUGUGGAGAAAUGUAUCCCAAGAGAACAAGGAAGAGAUAGACAACUGGAUGACCUUGACCGACACGGUGAGAAAGGAGCGAAGGAAGCGAAAAGCGAGACAAGGGAAGAGCGUGUGAAAGGAAGCGUGGACAGGUGGGAGCACAGUGAGAAAUGCAGAGCGAGGGGAAGACCAGAAGUUGGUGUUCAAUCUGCAGAAAGAAAUCGAGACGGAAGGGAAAAGAGCCCAACUUUGAGAGCAAAGGAUAGGUCACUGGACCAGAGCAAAUCCAACGCCAUGGAAACGGACGAAGCGAGAAACCAGCAGACACCCUCCGCGGCUGAACCCUCACUGGGAGCGAAACUUCGAGUCUCAGAGGAAAGGCAAGAGGCGGACAAAGAGCAGGAGAGACCACCUGAGGCUGUGAGCAAGUUUGCAAAGCGGAACAGUGAGGAGACUGUAACGUCAGCUCGGGAUAGGUACUUGGCCAGGCAAAUGGCUCGGGUUAACGCAAAGACCUACAUUGAGAAAGAGGAGGAUUGAUGGCUGCGCCCGUCGGUCUGUGGAAGCACAGAGAAUGACCCGCGGACGUGCCGCGUGAGAGCCAGACGAGUAUGAACCGUGGCCGGAAGGCAUAUUUCUAAGUAUCACAAUUCACUUUUGGUUUAGGUUUAAAUCAAAAGUUGGUCCCUUUACCUUGACUGCGUAAUUGACUAUGUGUAAUUAGUACUCACCAGAUUGUUGUUUGUAUCCCAGCUGCAAAAGUUUGUGAAUUCCCAGUCAAUACUUAUUGAUGACAAUGGGCUCUGCCUUCAAUGCUGAUAGGCUUUAUAAUUUCAAAUUAAAAUACGUGGGUUUAAACAAUAAAAUAGAGCAUAUGUUUUGAUUUAUGUUCUGAAGUUUGUCUUAAAGUUAAAAAUGUGCAUCAUCAUCUUGUCUAAGUAACUUUUAGCUCCAGCAUAGUGGACAAGACAAUGGAGAUGGAAGUACUGGAGGAAACUGUUAAUUCCUUUCCCAGUAGUUCAGACUGACAAAGCAGCUUGGGUGCUUUAUGGCUUAGUUUUUUUAACUUUUACCUGGUUUGGCGUAUCUUAGGGGGAAAGAGUAAAUUCUGUUUUCUUCCAUCUCCUUCUGUACAUAUUUUCUGUAGGCAAGGUCUCUCUAAUGCAACUCCCAACUCUAUAUUUAAUCACCCACAAGCAUGCCAGACUUGUUGAGCCGUGUGUGUGUGAUUGGUGGGUAGCUAUAGAGGGUUCUCUCACUGCUAUCAUGUCUUAGAGCCUAUAGAACAGCGAAACCUGAACUGUGGGUUUCUGAAGCUGUCACCCUUCACAGGAGCAGAAAGCCUCCUCUUCCUCACAGCAGGUAGUGCGUUUAAACUGCUGACCUUGGGGUGCGCAGCCCAGCGGGUAACCCGCUGUACCACCAGGGCUCACAUCAGUUCUUAAUAACACACUGUUAAAAAGGUGGUGCCCCAAACAGGGUCCAGUCAAAUCAGUAGCUUAUGGAACCUACUGGGCCAGCUCAAGGCAGAGAACUCAGCAACUUUUUUUGGCUUCUCAAGGGGUAAUCUUGAUAGAUACUCUCAGAGCACAUUGAGAACCGUGGAGGCUCAUUAGGAAGAAAACUUGAGAAAACAGAAAACUGCAUCUGAGAAAAAUACUAGCAGAGUUGCUUUGCUUCUCCUUUAAUUAAGGGGUGCUGCCCAGGAAUUUCCGUGGAAACCCCACUCCACCCAUCCUCCAGCUGUGCUGUUAUCUCUACUUUUUGUCCCCAGAACACAGGGACAUGAUUGGGUCCCUUAGGAUCUCAAAAUUACUGGUUGUGUGUAAACUGAAGCAAAGCAGAAUCCUGGGAACGGCCCAGCCCGUGGGCUGCAAUGUUGAUGGCUGCCACCCCACAUGGCAUCCUGAUGACGUCAACAAUGGUGCUGCGGAAUGCCCAGCUAGUGAAGAACUACAAGAGAAAAUCAUUUGACAACCCAAAAAUAAAAAGCAUGAAGUGACAUAAAAGUUUACUCAUGAUACAGAGGUGAGAGAGGCCUAGAUCUGGCAGCAUUCUCUUUCUUGACAGGAAUGGUGAUGACUUGGUUAACUUUUGAAAACAAUAUGCUCUACAUAUUCUCUGUGUAAUAAAAGGUGCCAUGGAUUAGACACUGGGCUGCUAGCUGAUAGUUCGAAUCCAAUAGUCCUUCCAUGGGAUAAAUGUAAGGCACUCUGUUUCCAUAAAGAUUUCCAACCACACGUCUAUAAAGUCUACGAGUCAGUCAACUUGAUGUCCUUGGGUUUGGGCAUGCAUAAUGUCUCAAAAUGCAAAUGUUUGUAAUGUUAACAUUUUAAAUGUAGGAAUGGAAGGAACUGCCAUCCUGGAGAGCCGAUUCUACAAGAAGUAGCUACACUGACUUGGUGAUUUAAUGAAGGACUUGUGCGUAGGACAGCAGUUCACUGUGGAUUAUUUGGACCAGUGUGAAUAAGAGAUUCAUUAGAUUUGUUGCUAAAUAUGUGUUCUUUAGAAGAGGAAGUCCAAAGUAAUAUCCUGAACAGUUUUGUGAGUUGGUAAACAUCUGUUCCUUUUACUCAAUUUUCAAUAAAAUAUGAAUGACUCAGAA